GCUGGCAGUCCGACCAUUGCCCGUACCAUGUGCAUAGACUUGCAAUAAAAAAAAAACAACGUUGACAGUUCGAAACAAUCGCGCGGGAAAAUUGACGUGUGUGACGUUUCGGGAUUUUAAAAAUAUUUUGUAGACUUUAGUGAAAAAUUGUGUGGGUGGUUUGAGUUUUUUUUUGUCGUGUUGCAGUGUGUAUUUUUUGAAAAUAUUUUCUCACCAUGGGUUCUUUGCCUCGGGUCUCGGUCGUGAGCGGCGCCCGCACUCCCGUCCCGGCUGCACCCUUGACGAAGCACCUCAGCCAUCUGGAUACCAGUGAUAAUACUGCUCUUGUUUAUGCUGACGAGACAUGCAACGUCCGUAUAAGUUACUCGGAGCUGGCAGCGCGCACGAACUCCCUCGCGCGAGCCAUCGCUGCACGCGCGCGGCCCCAGGGACCUAACAGAGAUGGAGAUUAUGUCAUCGCUGUGUGCAUGCAGCCGUCACAUAGCACAAUAACAACACUGCUAGCGACAUGGAAGGCCGGUGCUGCGUACGUGCCGAUGGAGCCGAGCUUCCCUCAGGCGAGGAUCACGCACAUACUGAGCGAUGCUGAACCUUCUCUCGUUGUGUAUGAUGAUACAGCAAACCCAGCCAUGUUCUCCGGAAGCGGUAUACCAUCAGUGUCCUUCGAGGAGUUGGCGCACGAAGCCAGUGGCCUGUCAGCUGAUGUCGUACAGGACGGAGAAGUGUUAGCUGUGGCCAGGAGUGACAGCAUCGGCAUUGUGUUGUAUACUUCUGGAAGUACGGGCAUUCCUAAAGGUGUUCGCCUAUCCUAUGCAGCAGUUUGCAACCGCCUCUGGUGGCAGUUCCACACUUUCCCUUACUCUGACUCCGAGGUCAACUGCGUCUGGAAGACGGCCUUAACCUUCGUGGACUCAGUCUGCGAGAUCUGGGGACCUCUGCUUCAUGGCAGGACGCUGAUCAUCCUCUCUAGAGAGACUACUAGGGACCCUCAGAAGCUGGUCAAUGUUUUGGCUGAUAGUCAGAUCCAACGUCUAGUACUGGUCCCAACUUUACUUCGAUCGAUCCUUAUGUACCUUUCCCUAAAACCGACUGAAAGACCUCUACAGCACUUAAAACUCUGGGUCUGCUCCGGCGAGACCCUCAGCAAAGACCUUGCAGCACAAUUCUUCAAGAAUUUUGGAGACCACAACGGGUACAAACUGGCUAACUUCUAUGGGAGUACUGAAGUUAUGGGCGAUGUGACCUAUUAUGUGUUGGAGAAUACUAGCCAGCUUGAUAUUCAUCCUACUAUUCCUAUUGGAACUCCCCUAGACAACUGCGCAGUAUACUUACUAGACGAGGAGAUGAACCCCGCGCGUCAGUCAGAACCCGGCGAGGUGUGGGUGGCGGGGGGCAACCUCGCCGCGGGGUAUGUGGGCGGACAGGGGGCUGACAAGUUCGUGGACAACCCGCAUGCUGCUCAUCCAGAUUUCGGUCGCCUCUACCGCACGGGAGACUUCGGCGUACUAGAGAAGGGUGUCAUCCUGUAUGCGGGUCGCACUGACUCGCAGGUCAAGAUCAGAGGACACAGGGUCGACCUGCAGGAGGUCGAUAGGGCAGUCGCUGCUGUUGACGGGGUUGAUAAAUGCGUGGUACUCUGCUACGGACUCGAACGCGGCAACCCGGAGAUACUAUCAUUCGUCACCAUCAAGCCUGACGCUAGAAUCGCUGCACAGCAUAUAGAGGCUGCCUUGAAGAACUCUUUAACGCAUUAUAUGAUACCACAGGUUAUUGAAGUCGAGAGCAUACCACUGUUGGUCAACGGUAAAGUAGACCGACAAGCGCUAUUGAAGAUGUAUGAAAAUACCAACAAUAAUGAUGACUCGGAAAUCCCCUUAGACAUCGACUACACCUCAGUCUCGCAAUCCGACCUUCCCGCCGCUAAGGUCUUAUUCGAGACUGUCGGGGAAGUGCUGGGGAGGGCCGCCAGGGGGGCCAUCUCUGUGAGAGCUGGCUUCUAUGAGUUAGGGGGAAAUUCCCUUAAUUCUAUUUAUACUAUUACUCGGCUGAGGGAUAAGGGGUAUUUUAUUGACAUCAGUGAUUUCCUCGGCGCGUCAAACUUAGGAGAAGUGCUAUCUCACAUGAGCACGAACCCGCACUCCGACGACGGAGAUAACGAAUUAUUCACCGCUGAACCACUCGCUGACGAACAUAAGCAACAAGUUAUUGAAAUGAUAGUAUCCUCAUUCUACAACAAGGCAGAGUUGGAGCAGUUCCUGAAGCAUGAGAUCGACACCAACGACUAUGCUGUACUCAUCAGCGACACCUGGCCGGCGCUGAUCAGUGCUAAACUUAGCGUUGUGUUGAAGAAUUCAUCAGGCACCCCAGUGGCAGUGGCGCUGAACUUCGACGCUCGCGACGAGCCGGACGUGGAGUCGGAGGAGACAGGAGGACUCAUGAAGAUCAUGAUCUUCCUGGAGUUCGUCGAGAGCUCCGUUAGGGAUACCAUGUUGCCGCCUGGGAAGGGCGCAAUCCUCCAUUCCUUCAUGAUGGCGACAGCGGAGAGUCUGACACCACGGGAGAAUGUAGCCGCCAUCAGAGCAUUAGAGAAUGCCACCAUGAACCUCGCCAAGGAGACAGGCUUCCGAGGAGUUUUUACUACCAACACCAGUCCACUUACUCAGCAAUUAGGAACCGAUGUCCUAGGCUACCAAACCUUACUGGAUUACCAAAUAAAUCAGUACGUUGACCCCAACGGAGACAGAAUAUUCGGAAAGGCUCCCGACGAUAUGCGAGCUAUUGUGUGCUGGAAACCGCUCGACUAACCUGUGAUAUGGUAACUUAGACUAUUAGCCAGUUUUGCAGGUUACUGGUAAAGUUUCUGAUAGCCUAUCAGGAACUUAUCUGACAGGGUUUUACAGGUGUUGGAUAGCAAUAUCGGCUAACAUUAAGUAUAUGAUAACUAACUGACACUUUAUCGGUGACCAAUGAAACGGGGCCUAUUACAAGCAUAAAGUAAAUUUUAGAAUGUGUUCUUAGUUAUCUCUAUUUACGGUGGAUUUCUAUAAUAUAUCCAUUGAUUUGCGAUUACAGAUUGAAUUUUGAUAUAAGCUCCACAAUAAUUAUGUCCAAUCCCGCGAUUAGAGAUUGGACAUUCGAUGGAUAGAUUAUAAGAAUCCGUAGUUAGUCGACCAGUGAUUUUGUUAAAAGUUUACUUGCAAAAGUAUUUUUUUGUUUGUUAUGAAUAAAUGUGACUUCAAAAAUGGAUUCUACUGCUGUUAUGGCCGAUUUUGAAUUGUCUUUAAUUAUUAAAAGGGCGUAAGUGCAAGAGUAUUAAGUAAGUAGUAAGAUAUUAUUUAGUGAGCCUAUUAGACAAGUAGUAAGUUAGAGCGGUUAGAUUUUAGUACGUUGAAUUAAUGCUUGUUGAAUUUAGACUUUAUAACUUAUACGUAAGGUGUAUUUUUCAUUGACCAGUGAUAAAUUACAGUAUUUCUUAAGUUUUACUUCUUGCCUGUUUUGAAAUGACAAUUCUAUAUUUUAGAAAAAAUAUUCUGUGAAUUUUAUGUUGUAAGUAAGUUUAUCGAUUUAAUAUUAAUUUUAUUUAACCUCGCAGUUUUGUGUAUGUUAAGUAUACAUUAGAAAGUUUGAUAAAUGGUAUUUUAACUAUUAAGUUUUAAUAUUUAACCAAAAUAAUGACUAUUAAAAUUCAAGUUUGAUCAAAAUGUUUGUACCAUUUUUCUGCCGAUUUAAAAAAGGAGGAGGUUUUAAAACAUGUUUGAAUAUUUUCCUUUAAUUAUGGAAAAAUAAAUAAAACCCAAAUCUACAUUUAGAUAUUUAAUACGAGAAAAUACAACAUUAGAAAAUUGCACAAAUCGUUUUGCACAAGGCAACUUACUCAAGGCAAUUGCACAAGAUAUUGCACAAUUGCACGAGUGGAUUGCACAAUACAAUUCGAUGUACGCAAUACAAGACAUACAAACAGUUUCUUAUAGACUAUAUAGAUAGACUCAAAACUUCAAUACAAAUUGAAACCAAGAAGUUAACAUUUGAAUUAAAAUCUUGCAACACUAAUAAAAAUAAUACUUGUAUUCACAAUUUUGAUAUUAUGAACUUACAUCGGAAAAAAAUGCUUUAAAAAUUAGUGUUUGUAUAAGUAUGUUUGUCAUUUGUCUAACUGAAACACGUUUUGUAAAUGUGUGAGGAAUAUACAAUAUUGUAAAUAAAUAUAUAUUCAUAUUUUCAUACAUUAAUAACAUAAUGUUUAACGUUGUGAAUACAAGAUAUAAUUUAAAAUAUUCAAGAUGUUCAAGCAUUAAACUGGAUAGAACUAGGUAGUUACUAGGCCUGCCAACGGUUUCUGUUGCUUAAUAUUAGUACCUAGGUUAUGCUUGAACAUUUGAAUACAAAAACAGAACAUACAUAAAUGUUAAUAUAAUCUACGGCCAGUUAGACCAAACACUUAAACCACAUAUUCACAAUCAACAUACAAAACUCGGCGACCCAACGGUUCAAUUCGGCGCCCAUGCAAAACAGAGGUCGCUAGCAAGGGUCGCUAGAAUGUACCGGCAACAUCGAUGGGUAAAUAUGUUGAUUGUUUAGGGGUACACAUCUCUCUCCACUAUUGUAAUUAGAAAUAUGGUAUUUAUUACCAAGUUAUUUAUGUUAAAAGAUUGGGCUUUUUUUAAAUGCCCAGAAAGUAUGACAUGUUUUGUCGUUUACUAUACAAUUUAACAAUUUAUUUCUGACACAUCUAGGUAAUUAAGUACGGGUCGUCACAAACUUUCUUAUUGCAUUGGUCCAUAUGUAUCGCUAGAUUUGAACCGAACUAGACAAAGGUCGCUAGAAAUUUGUACCCCAAGUGAAUAGUGGUUUUAAACAACAUUUAAUUUUAUAAUUGUUCUAUAAUCCUAGCAUGAACAUCUGUAUUUUAGGUAAUAUCUUGUAGGCCGGAAAUUAUGAUCUAUCAAGUUGGUGUAUUUUGUUAUCGACUGUACAUUUUUUUAAUUGACGAUUUUUGACAUGAGAUUAGAACUCCUUAAGAUAAUAACAACUAGUAUAUAGUUAAUUCCAAAGUUAAUGAUGAUUUGCAAGAAAAUGUUAGUUAAAUAUGUAGAACAUUUGUUCAUGCUAGGAUAAAAUCUAAAAACUUACACCUAAUUUACAACACAAUUAUAACUUGGACACAUCGAAUACAAAAUGUAGCUUAUGAAAUAUACGCUGUCGACAAAAUAGCAAUUUAAAACUAUUUUUUUUCAUUUCUGACAAAAAAAAAAUUAUUUGAAUUGUAGCUAUAUGGAUCAGUGUAUGAGUGAAGCUCUCUAUUGAAUUUUGAAUUGUAUUUUGAAUUUUGAAUUGUAUGUUGUUUUUUUAAUUAUACGUAGGAACUUUGGUACAGUAAAAAUUAACCAAAAGGAAAAGCCGUGUUUAAAUGACAAGUUAUCUCUGUCGCUGACACUUUAUUGUAGCGACAGACAUAAUUUUUAAACACAACUUAUUAAAUGACGCUUUGAAUAUUCGAGAGAUUGUUAACCGACUUCCAAAAAAGGAAGAUAGAUAAAGACUGUCAUUUUUUUUUAAAUAAUGUGCAGUAAGUAUCUACGUAUUUGUAUUUAUCAGAAAGUUUUUUUUCAAUUGACUUCUUUAAUCUGUAUUCGGUAUGUCCCAGCCUUUAUAUACAACCUACACAGACAACCAGAUAUUGUAAAUACAGUCAGCGAUAUAAGUCGCAACUAUUUUACAUUAAAAAAAAACUUUUUACGAAAGUUACAAUUCGGCCAUUUUGAGCAAAUUUUUUUUUGAAAAUUUGAAUAUCAUUUUGUAAUAUGUAGCAAAUUUUUUGUUAGGAGUUAAAAUACUUCCGUCUAAAUGUAUUUUUGUUUUAUAAUUUGUAAUAUUGUUUUUAUAUGUUCAAGAAAAUUAAGUGUUUUUAAAUCUGCUUAUGUCGCUGACUGUACCUGUCACUAUAAUUAUGAAAAUAGUAAAUAUGCUUAGGAAACAUUCAGAAAAAACAUUUACUUACAGACUAAGAAAAAUUGUCCAAACUUCAUAUUUGUGAAAAUAUCAUGUUAUUAUUAAAAUAUUAGGCGAAUAACAAAAGUACAGUUAGAGGUAGAUAAUUGGUAACAAAAUAUGUAAUAUAGAGGUAUCAAAAUGUGCGUGUUUUUCGACACAUUUUAAAUUCAUAUAUAAUUUCAAUUCGCAGUGAGUAUUUUGUUUGUAAAUAAUGUAACAAUUGUAUUUAUAAUAUAUGUUUAAGUAUAAUUAAAAUAUUCAUCACAACAAUUUUGGGUAUAUAUCCAGAAAAAAAACUGUUUUUGUUGUUAAGUACAUUUUUGUAAAAAAAUAUUAACGAAAAGUAAAAAUAUUCAAAAUGUUUUUAUCUAAUAAAUAAUACUAGAUCUCUAUACGUUAUAAGAUAGUGAUAAUAACUGUGUUAUAAAAUCUGAAUAGUAAUAAGAUGGAAAUAAGUUAUACAAAUGUAAUUUAUUUCAUAAUAAAGAAAAUUAAUCAGAAACUUGUCUAUUAAUUAAAUAUGUGUCCAAUUUGUACUGUUCGGUUAGAUAAUUCAAAAAAUACUUAGAUAUUUUGAUAUUUAGGAAUUUUC